CGUCAGACCAUCGCUCUCGGCAAGCACCUGCAGUCUGUUGGAGCUGUGAUGUACGGUGCCUACUGGUGCUCUCACUGCUACAACCAGAAGCAGCUUCUUGGAAGGCAAGUCGCAGAUGAGACGUUGAAGUAUGUUGAGUGCGACAAGAAGGGUGCUUACAGCAAGCGCGACAUGUGCAAGGAGAAGAAGGUUCCGGGGUUCCCAACGUGGGAGAUCAAUGGCGAGCUGUUCCCUGGUGAGAAGAGCCUGGAGGAGCUGGCGAAAAUCUCCGGGUUCGAUCUUUCCUCGGUGAAGUGA